AUGGAUACCACCUCCUCUGCACCGGAGGCUCAUACCGGAAGAGGUCAGGAGGCCAGCAGCUCCCGCCAAGGUCCCGGCGUGAACCCGACCGCUUACACCUGCGGAGCCUGGAAAGGCUCCGACGUGAAACAGUCUGAGAUUGACUGGUUGUACCGCUCCCGUAGGAUACCGAUAGAGGUGGCCUACCGGAUUCCAGGCGAAGAGCUGGAGCCGAUGCCGCUAGAGGGGGAGAUAGUGGUCUGCGAGCGCUUUCCUCGUAUCGCUGCUGAGGUACGAGAACCUUGCCGGAAGAACCGGUUAGACACGGUGGACACGGACCCAUACGUCUCCAGGAGCUCCAAGAUGGGCCGGACUCACACCUCGCGCCCCGACCCUGCCUCAACUGACGCGAACCCCCAGGUCGUGGAGCGCGCAGUUCCGCUGCAAGCGGAAGUUGGCAAGGAGUUCCUGGACAACUUGGCCUCCCGGGGACGCAAGAACAAGGCCCCGACGCCUGAGGCCGGCUCCAGCGAAGCUCCCCCCGCCAAGCGCUCCAAGAAGGACGGCGGCGGCAAGCCCUUCAGCAGGAAGCGGUAUCGCAGCCAGAUGCUGAUUGCUUCCGCGCCUGCUCUGAGCCUCACCCGGAGCGCACCGGGCAUGAGGCCGGAAGCCCAUGAGGACGCCACCAGGACCUCAACUCCCCCUCAGCCAAGCCCGGUACCAUCUGGUACCGGCAAAUCUUCAGCCUCCCCUCUGGGAGGCAAUAAAAAUGCGGGGCGCGCGGCCCCAGAAACUUCCCAUCACCGCGCGGAGGAGGAUUUCUUUUCCCCUCCAGAUACCGAAGACACCGGCGCCAGCAAUAUCGGCGCCGGUAACGAAGAAGCGGAGCGGGCGGAACCUCCGGUUCCCCCUACUCCCAAGAAGAAGAAGAAGAAGGCCACCGCAUCUCCCGCCAAGACCGUGCCGGAAACUUCCGCGCCGGCAAGCUCAUCACCGGCCAAGGAAGCGCCGGAAGUUCCCGCGCCAACCAAGGACGCGCCAGUACCUUCUCCGGCAGCGGCAACCGGUAAACCUGCUGCCGCUGAGCCAGCUCAUCCGGGAGGCGCCCCUCUUACCGCCCAGCAACUUGCUGCGGUGGUCACAGCGGCGACCGCGCCUCCAUCCGGCUCGCAGACAAUAGUGCUGCAUACCGGCCGCGCCGCCGUUGCGGCCAGUGAGAAGGCUUCAGCUCAGCUGGGCCGGAUUACUGAGCUCAGCCGCGGCGAGGUCAACCUGGGCCAGCUGCAGGCGUAUGCCGAAAAGUGGAACCUGGCGGACUUGUCCCCGGCCACCCGCGGCUUGAGCAAGGACAAGCUUCCGGUUGCUGACCCUUCCGGCCCGCGGAGCUCGGCACAACACCUGAGCCGGCUUAAGCGCGUCGUCAAGGAGUUCGACCUCGCGUGGCACGACAUCAUCGGUAACGUGGUGGGCACGCUGGACAGCCGGAAGCAGCUUUUCGAGGAGCUUCUGUGGGAGCACCGGUUCCUUUCCGAGGCCCACAACAAGUGCCAAGCUGCCCUUCCGGAAGCCUCCUCUGAGGACCUCUCCGCCCAGCUCUCUGCGCUUAAAGCUGAAAAGGAGCAGCUCGCCCUCGAGCACCGCAAGGCCCUGGACGCUCAGGAGAAAAUCUCUGUUGAGCUAAAGGACAAGCUUGUGCAGGCUGAACUCCGGCACGCGCGGGAGCUGAAGGAGGCCCAGGCUGCCGCUGAGACAAAGCUGGACGAGUCGCUGAAGGACUUCACCGACGCCAGCGCACAGCUGCGGAAGGAGCUGGAGGAGGAGUCCCGGCUGCUGAAGGAGGCGCCGGACCGGAACGCCGUGCUCACAUCGGAUCAGGCUGAGUAUGAUCGGUUGGUCAUUCAAGCCGAUACGCUGGCCCUCAACCCUUUCCCGGAGUCUCAGCCGCACGCAUAUAAAAAGGUAGCAGAGCGGAGGGCUGAGCAAGCUCUCAGCAACCCGGAUGCACCCUGGGACGCCUACGACCAUCUUGUCGCGCUGGCGGCCCGGACUUCCCACAUGAGGGCUGUGGACCGGCAUCUGGUCUAUCUGUCGGAUGUGGCCAUGCAAAUCUUCAAGGUCCUGUGGCCCGGGAAAGCGCCACCGGCGAACCUGACGCUCCUCUCCAACCGUCCGAAAGACGCCGGCAAGAGAGCUGACGCAGCGCUCCGCGUUGCCUGCUCAUGGUACGAGGAGCUGGACCUCGACGCUCUCCACAGCUUGUGCGGUGGUGCGCCUACCGACACCGAUCCUGCCAAGACUGCGAAGCACAAGGACCGUGCGUACCGGAUUGCCCAGUCCGCUCCUACCAGCACCUUCAUCCCUCCUCCUGCUGACUUAGCAGAUGAACUAUCUGAUGAUGAUGAGGAGGAGGAUGCCGGCGAGGAUGAGGAGGAGGCCCCGGAAGACGACGUCGUCCCAGAUCAAGCCCUGGAAGCUCCCGCUGCCUGA